AUGCGUCUGUCGCCUUAUGCUGCUCGGCAGCAAAAAUCAGAAGCAGCAAACAGUCGAAAGCACCGACUUACGCUGCUGCGACUGUUGGUCAGCAGCAAUAGCAACGAAAUUCAGAAGCAGCAAACAGUCGAAGGAGCCGACUUCUGCUGCUGCGACUCUCGAGAAGGUCAUCGCUUGGGAAGCGAGACUCCCGCGGAAAACAACUUUACGCAUCAUACUCCGGAGAAUAUUCCGGCGGCUGGUUCUCAGACUCUGUUGCCAACCAUCAUUGCUGACGUCAUCGACGCCUGUGGAAACACUACAACCUGCAGGCUGCUCCUGGACACUGGAUCUACAAUAACCUUGGCAUCGGAAUCAUUUGUUCAGCGAAUAGGCGUGCGUCGAACGCACGCACGGAUUUCUAUUCUCGGUCUCGCCGCCAACAGCGCGGGCGUUACCCGAGGACGCGCACAUAUCAAGCUGCGCUCUCGUCAUUCGGGCCAAACUGUCGAAUUGGUCUCGUUCAUUCUCAACUCGCUGACGUCAUCACUUCCUGCCCAAGUUAUUGACACCUCAUCCUCUACGUGGAGGCAAAUCUGCGAGUUUCCUUUGGCAGACCCAACGUUCUGCACACCUGGAGCAAUCGUUGUCAUUGUUGGAUCGGAUAAACUUUGGUCUCUAUACACAGGAGAUCGGAAACACUUUGGUAACGACUUUCCUAUCGCCCUCAAUACUGUAUUUGGUCGGAUUCUUGCAGGCUUUUACUCUGCAUUCGGUGAUCACCCUACUUCUGCGGUUACUCAUCACGCGGACCUAGACACGAUGGUUCGUUCAUUCUUGGAGAUUGACAGCAUUCAGCCUAAUCAGGCUCUCUUGGACGCCAGCGAUCCCACAGAGCGUCAUUUUGCUGCCACACACAAGCGCUCGACGGACGGGGUGUACGUCGUCGAGUAUCCCUUCAAGGAGAAGGCACCGCCUAUUGAUUCGACCUUGCCACAGGCCAUCAAUCGCUUCUUCUCGCUGAAACGCAAAUUUCGUCGGUAUCCAGAAUUGAAGCAGCAGUACGAAGCUUUCCUGGACGACUACUUGCAACGUGGACAUAUGGAACAACUGCCCUCGGCUCAGGUUGAGGAGUCCCCAGACACCUGCUUCUAUUUGCCGCACCACGCUGUCAUCAAACUGGACAGUCUGACUACCAAAUGUCGUGUAGUUUUUGAUGGAUCAGGAAAGGACAGCUCUGGAGUAUCGCUCAAUGACAGACUACAUAUUGGUCCACCGAUUCAACGCGAUCUUCUUGGCGUUUGUCUACGCUUCCGGCAGCACCAAUAUGUUUUAUGCACAGAUGUCGAAAAGAUGUUUCGAGGCAUUAAAAUUCAGCGCAUUGUUUGGCGUAAGACUGAGAAUGAACCUCUGCUUCAUUUUCGCCUGCUGACGGUUACCUACGGAUUGGCACCGUCACCAUUUCUAAAGCAACUUGCCGACGAUCAUGGCCAUAAAUACCCUGCAGCAGCUCACGCUCUUCUGCACGAUGCCUAUGUGGACGAUAUCCCUACAGGCGCCAACACAUUCGAGGAGCUUAUGAUUCUCAAGGACGAGCUUAUAGCCCUCUUGGAUAAGGGAAAAUUCAAGCUACGCAAGUGGAGUUCUAAUAGUUGGCGUCUUCUGAAAUCAUUACCAGAGGAAGAUAGAUGUUUUGAACCUAUCCAGCUCCUCAACAAAUCAGCUGCGGAUUCACCUGUCAAAGUUCUUGGUAUCCAAUGGAACCCUGGGAAGGACGUUCUGUAUCUCAACCUAAAGGGAUGCGAUGCGACCAUUUCUCCGACGAAAAGAGAACUCUUGUCUCAGCUAUCAAGAAUUUAUGAUCCGCUUGGACUGGUAGCGCCGGUCACAGUUCUACUCAAGCUAAUCUUCCAAGAAAGCUGGACAAGUGUCCUGCAGUGGGCCGACCCCAUUCCUGAAAGUCUACGUACGCGCUGGAGAGCCUUAGUAGAGGAUUUGCUAGCACUUACGCAAUGCGUAAGGACGCACAGCGCCGACUUAUUCGACAUGUGCAAAAGAAAUCCUUUGCCAGAGAAUAUGCGCAGCUAG